AUGGUUUUUCAUUGGCUCAUUGCCCGUUCUGCCGGUAUAAAGGGGUGCCACUGCAACAAGCGGGGGUGGACUGUUCAUAUUAAUCUCGAUCUAUCUAUCUAUCUAUCUAUCUAUCUAUCUAUCUAUCUCAUUCAAAACUAUCUAUCUAUCUAUCUAUCUAUCUAUCUAUCUAUCUAUCUUCAUAUCAUCUAUCUAUCUCUAAUCCAGACUCUUCAUAUUAAUCUCGAUCUAUCUAUCUAUCUAUCUAUCUAUCUAUCUAUCUAUCUAUCUAUCUAUCUAUUCAUGUUUUUGCAAUUUUCUUCAUAUCUAUCUAUCUAUCUAUCUAUCUAUCUAUCUAUCUAUCUAAGUUUCUUCAUAUCUAUCUAUCUAUCUAAGUUUCUUCAUAUCUAUCUUAAUCUGUCCAUCUAUCUCAAUCUAUCUAUCUAUCUAUCUAUCUAUCUAUGUAAGUUUCUUCAUAUCUAUCUAUCUAUCUAUCUAUCUAUCUAUCUAUGUAAGUUUCUUCAUAUCUAUCUAUCUAUCUAUCUAUCUAUCUAUCUAUCUAUCUAUCUAUCACAUCCUCUUCAUAUCUAUCUCAAGCUUCCUUAUCUAUCUAUCUAUCUAUCUAUCUAUCUAUCUAUCUAUCUAUCUAUCUCAUUCUGUUCAAAUCUAUCUAUCUAUCUAUCUAUCUAUCUAUCUAUCUAUCUAUCUAUCUAUCUAUCUCAUUCUGUUCAUGUCAAGGUAUCUAUCUAUCUAUCUAUCUAUCUAUCUAUCUCAUUCUGUUCAAAUCUAUCUAUCUAUCUAUCUAUCUAUCUAUCUAUCUAUCUCAUUCUGUUCAUGUCAAGGUAUCUAUCUAUCUAUCUAUUAUCUAUCUAUCUAUCUAUUCUGUUUUGUUUUAAAUCUAUCUAUCUAUCUAUCUAUCUAUCUAUCUAUCUAUCUAUCUAUCUAUCUAUCUCAUUCUGUUCAAAUCUAUCUAUCUAUCUAUCUCAUUUUGUUCAUGUCAAGGUAUCUAUCUAUCUAUCUAUCUCAUUCUGUUCAUGUCAAGGUAUCUAUCUAUCUAUCUAUCUAUCUAUCUAUCUAUCUAUCUAUCUAUCUAUCUAUCUAUCUCAUUCUGUUCAAAUCUAUCUAUCUAUCUAUCUAUCUAUCUAUCUAUCUAUCUAUCUAUCUAUCUACAUGUGCUCUUUCGAUUUGAAGACAGAUUUCCGCCGUUCAUUUCUUUUACUCCCUUUUUCUUCUUCUUGCUCUUCCUCUUCUUCUUGCUCUUCUUCGUCCUCUUCAACAUUUACUAGUACUACUACUACUAUUACUACUACUACUACUUCUUCUUUUUCUUCUUAUUCUUUCCUUUUCUUUUUCUUUUUCCUCCUCUUUUCCUUACUCGUCUUCCUCUUCUUCUUCCUCUUCCUCCUCUUGCUCUUCCCCUUCUUCUCGCCUUCUUUGUCCUCUUCUUCUUCUUCUUCUUCUUCUUCUUCGUCCUCUUCUUCUUUUUCUCCUUCUUCUUUUCCUUCCGCAUCGUCUUCUUCUUCUUGCUAUUCUUCAUCCUCUUCUACAUUUACUACUACUACUACUUCUUCUUCUUCUUUUUCUUCUUAUUCUUUUCUCUUCUUUUUCUUCUUCCUCCUCUUUUCCUUACUCGUCUUUCUCCUCACCUUCUUCCUCCUCUUCUUCUUCCUCUUCCUCCUCUUGCUCUUCCCCUUCUUCUUCUGUGUUUUCUUCUUCUUCUUCUUCUUCUUCUUCUUCUUCUUCUUCUUCUUCUCUUGCUCUUCCCCUUCUUCUCGUCCUUCUUUGUCCUCUUCUUCUUUUUCCUUCUUCUUGUUGUUGCUCUUCUUCGUCCUCUUCUACAUUUACUUCUUACUUCUUCUUCUUCAUCCUCCUCUUCUUCCCGUUAAUCUCCUUACCCUUCUCUUCUCCAACUCUUCUUUCUUUCUUUCUUUCUUUCUUUCUUUCUUUCUUUCAUCAUUUUACAUGGAUGACGCAUAUUUCUUUUUGGCUAUGUCUACAUCAAUCUUUUUUUUCCCUAACAUACUCUUUCUUUCUAUCUUUCUUUCUUUCUAA